AGAGUUGGAAAUGGAGAGAGCAGAAGAGAUAAAUAAAGAGGUAAAGAUGGGGAGAGGCGGCAAGGAGGGUGGGUAGCGAGGAGGGAGUGCCCUAGGAAGGUAGGAAGGAUGAAGUGAGAGGCGGUGGUGACGAGGGAGCGCCAGUGGAAGGAUGAUAGACCUUUUUGUCCGUCUUUGUCGUGUUUGUCCACACUGCCUGGAGCGGGCACAUUCUCUGUACAUACUCCUACCUGUGGUUGACUCAGGGGUGGGCUAGGUUUCAGGGGCUGAGUAACUGUAUCAGGCUGUGCUCUUUUUCUGUCUCUCUCCUUUUCUUCCCUUCUUUCUGACUCUCCGCAUUUCCCUCCAUUUCCUUUCCUCCCUCUAUUUACCCCUCUCUUUACACCUCACCCCCUCCCUGGCUUCCUUUCCUCGCUUUCUUCAGUUCUUCGUCCCUUCCCUUUUCCAUCCUGCCCUCCCCCUCUCUCUCCUCCCUCCCUCUUCCUCCACUGUCUCUGCAUCACCCUCUUUUCCUCCGCUCUCCUCUCUCCCCUUCUCCCUCUCUUCUAUCCUUCGCCAUCUCCCCUCCCCGUCAAUCUCUCUCUUCCUCAUCCCUCGUUAACCCUCCCCUUCCUUAGCUGUGCGUUCUGCCUGUGGUCAGCAGUGUAGGGAGUAGUCAUGACACUCUGCCGCUAAACUCGCUGAAAGAAGGCGAGGCUGUGAAAACCCAGACCUCCUUCUCAGCAACAACUCCUUCCACCUCACAUCCCCCCUCCCAUCUCUGGGACCGGAUGUUGCUUGGGAAACUGAAAUCGAGACUAAGACAUCCGCUGAGGCAGAUGUUCCGUCGUUUGCUGGCCUCACCAGCAAUUACUACGCCAGCCUUCUGAGGACCACAGUCUCAUCGCCUCCUGACCGUCCGACGACAUUGCGAUCCUACUCUCCGUACUCCUGGCACCGGCAGCGAAAGUGAGCGCGGUCUUGACACUCCAUGCAAACCUCCGGGCCAGACACUGUUUUGGAGCUCGCUCCACACCGUUCCAUCACUCUUUCCGAGGUCAGACACGGAGUGAAACUACUUCCACGACAUCCCAUAAACAUUCCUGAGUAAGACACAGAGUGAAUCUCUCUCCACGCUAUCCCGUUACACAGGAGAAUGACAUUGGACCAUGGAAGAAUGGGACAGAGAGCGUAAGCAGAGUGAGGUGAUGGGAACGUGAAGAGAAUGGACGGGUAUUGCCUCGCCUCCCCCUGUCUGGGCCGCCGUUGACAAGAGCUGAUUGGAUGAUAUUUGCCACCGAAGAUGUUUCUGAGAUCGAGGAAUGCGGGAUCCAUCUGGGAGCUGUUCGGGAUAGCGGGUGUCCUAUCGCUGGCGCUCACCGCCCACUGCUUUAAUCUCGACACAGACGGACCGACCAUAAUCGCCACCGGGAAUGGGUCCGAGUUCGGUGAGCGCGUGUUCCAGUUUGGAGACGAUCGGAAUAACUGGAUCGGAGUGACGGGAAAGGACGAGAUGGGAAGCGCCAUCUUACUGCGCUGCUCGAUCGCAGGCGGUGACUGCCACCCCACCAACGUCACUGACUCCUUCAACAACACCGCCAUGCUUACAAUGGACUCUUCGGGGCCCCAACUGGUGGUCUGUGAUCCCAACACGGUGCACGGAUGCAUGAGAAACACGUGGUUCCCAGGAAAAUGCAUCCGGUUCGGAGACCAGCUGGAAGCGGAAGCUCCGCUGGACAUCGGAAAAAUCGAGUGUAUCCCUGAGAUGGUAGAUGUGGUCUUCCUCUUCGAUGGGUCCAACAGUCUCACCAAAAGGGACCUGGAGGCGAACAAAAAGUUCAUGUGGGAUAUGAUACAGGCAUCAGACGCCGGCAUGCAGUUUGCCAUCGUUCAAUACUCUGCCUUAGUCAGAACGGAACUGAACUUUAAGACAUUCCAGGAGCAACGAAGGAAUCUGCAUAAUAUCGUGCAUAGCAUCGAGCUGAUGGAGAGUUCGACAUUUACUGCAACUGGGAUCAAUUAUACCAUAUUCUCUGUGUUUACGGAGGACGGUGGGGCAAGAAAAGGGGCAGCGAAGCUCCUGAUUGUGAUCACGGAUGGAGCGACCACGCCAGGAGACAUCAAUCUGGAGCAGGUCAUCAAGAGGGCGCAGGCGGAAAAGAUCACUCGCUGUGCAAUUGGGGUUGGAAAUAGUUUCGAGAGUGGCAGCAAGGGUCUGACGGAGUUGACAUUAAUCGCCUCGUCCCCCAGUUAUCUGAUCAAGGUGAAAGAUUACAGUGAGCUGCAAUCUGUCUUCCAGGAUCUCAAGUCCAAAAUCUACGAGAUCGAGGGAACGCAAUCCUCCAGCGAGAGUUCCUUCGAGAUGGAGAUGUCCCAGGUGGGAUUUAGCGUCCUCUUCAACGAGGACUCCGUCAUCCUGGGCGCCGUGGGGGCCUAUGACUGGUCUGGAGGCCUGGUCGAGAUUCACGACGAGAAGAGGACCUUCAUUAACGUCUCCAAGAGUCACCGCGACAUGAAGAACUCCUACCUAGGUUACUCCAUGGGGAGGGCUGUAUAUGGGAACGCCUCCCUCUACGUGGUGGGUGCUCCCCGCUAUCAGCACAAGGGAAAAGUCGUCGUCUUCGGCCAGGGAAGCAACGAGACCCAUCGGGAACCAAUGCAGCACAUUAACGGAGAACAGGUCGGUUCCUACUUUGGCGCGGAGAUCUGCGUCCUAGACCUGGAUGGGGACGGUGGGACUGAUCUGCUUCUGAUCGGAGCUCCUCUCUACUACCAGCCUGGACACGGCGGAAUGGUCAAGGUCUGCUCCCUCUCUCCCGAGGGCAAUUUCGUCUGCAACGGCUCACUGCGAGGUAAAGAGGGGGAUGGACUGGGACGUUUCGGGUCCUCCAUCGCGGUCCUCCGAGACCUGAACGGAGACGGAUUGUCAGACGUCGCUGUGGGGGCCCCGCUGGAGAAUGACCAUCGCGGCAGCGUCUACAUCUACCAGGGUGUCUCCGGGGGGCUGGAGAAGGGCUACAGUCAGCGAAUCACUGGCGGCCAAUUCUCCCCGCCCCUGAUGUUCUUCGGACAAUCAGUGCAGGGGUCUAUGGACAUGACGGGUGAUAAACUGACAGACAUCGUGGUCAGUGCGGCCGGGAACGUCGUCCUCCUCCGUUCCAGGCCGGUACUGGAGGUAGACGUGGAUCUGCAGUUCCAGCCGGAGGUGCUGGGUCUGCAGAGUUACCGGUGUCCGUGGUCCGAUUCCAAGACGCGGCUCGUCAACAACGUCAGCAUCUGCUUUAAUCUGUCAGUGAAGGGACAUGCUCCUCCAGAUCCGCUGACUGUGAUCCUGACCUACCAGCUGGACCUGGACAGGAAUCGUCACUCUCCCCGGGCUCAGCUGGAGACAAGCGAACACCCUUUCACCCGCUCCCUCAACCUGUCCGGAGACAGCACGUGCGUCCAGCACAACAUUUGGUUGCCGGUCUGCGUCGAGGACUCGCUAACCCCUCUGCUGCUCGUCGUCAACUUCUCAGUGACACCGUACCCGCCGUCGGAAGGAGUGACGGAGCACCCCCUUCCCGUUCUGAGCCACCGCUGUCGCACCUCCCUCGACCAUCGGCUCCAUAUGGAGAGUAACUGUGGGAAUGACGAGAUAUGCACAGAUCGCCUUAUUCUCAACGUGAAAUACAGCGGACAGACCCUCGUGCUGGGCCGGGACACCACUCUGUACCUAUGGCUGUUGCUGGAGAACCGGGGCGAAGAUUCCUACAGCACCUCCCUCCGCAUCCGGCACCCGCCCGGCCUCCAGCAACGCCGCAUCCAUAUCGCCAAGGACAGUAGGGUCGAGUGCAGCUCCAGCCCAGAUCCGGUCCAGGGCCAUCGCGGGAUGUUAGUUUGUUUCAUCAGUCACCCCAUCUUCAGGCAGGACCACCAGAUCAACCUGAAUCUGAGUUUCGAUAUUCAGGGGCGACCGGACUGGGGAGAAAAGGCGAAGAUAGAGGUUGAAGCCCUCAGCUCCAACACGGACAGCAUUACCGACGAGACAACCCGCAACGUAAAGAUACCCUUUAAGUAUGCCGUCGAUGUCGUGGUGAGCAGUCCUCGGGCCACACACUACAUACGGUUCACGGGGGACGAUCAGCAGCAAAAGGAGGUGGCUCACACCUACAAGGUGGAAAAUCUGGGCCCCUACCCUGUCCCGCUCAUACUGAACAUCAGCUUCACCUCGAAGAUCGGGAACUUUGUUUCAUGGAGAGCGCAGGUUGAUCAUGAAGGCACUGUGAGCCAGAAUCUGAAGUGUAGUGACCCCAUGGACUCUCCGAAAGACGCCAUCCAGGAUCUCCUCAAGGAAGAGGAGAUCCCUGGGAUUCAGGUCCAGACGGUCGUCUGCAACUUUCGCUCAAUCCCCAACAAGAUAACCACAUUCCACCUGAACGGCUUCACACAGCUACUGCCUAGCGGGGACACACCCACGAUGACCCUGCGGAGCUCGGCUCUCCUCUCUGUGAACAGCUACCGCCACGUCAGCCAAAACGAAGAACGCAGCCAGAAGGCGAAGGGACAAACGGAGGUGCAAAUCGACCCAAAGAGCAGAAGGACCCUGAUGAUCAUCGGCAGCUUGUCUGGGCUGUUCAUCCUCCUGAUUAUCAUCCUCAUCCUCUGGAAGUUCGGAUUCUUCAAGCGAACCUCCCCGAAGGAUUUUGGCGGCGGGAUGCAAGCAGCUGAGAAUCAGAAAAUGAUGGGAAUGGACGGGAAUGCGGACGCUUCGGCAAUGGCCAAUGACAACAAGGAACCGGCGAACGGCAGCUCUUCACCGCCCAAUGACCAGACGGCACCGUCCAAUGACGACGCGACGUUAACCAGUGCGGAAACUUCCCCGUCUCCUUAAUCCUCUUCCCAUGCCCGGCCCUUUCCCUGUUAACCCCUACAAUACUCCCGCGUCGUGAUACCCUUUUUCCCUUGCCCACUCCUCAGUUCCGUGUCCCCCCGUCUCAUUCUCCCUUAACUGCAUCCACACAAUGGACUGGGGUCAUAUUGUCUUCGAUCUGGGAUCUCAGCCGCUCCGCUUGAAGGGUGGGGGAGGCGAGGGGUUGGGCUGUGCGCUGUCGGGCAACAGUGAGCUAAUCAACAGCAAGAUAGAGCAACUAAGAGUUUACUUGUCUGGAAGUUGGAGAAGCGAGAGGAGGAAAGGAAUAGAGGGAGGGAGAAAUGGGAGAGAGAGUGGAGGGAGAUGGGGAGAGAUGUGGGGUGGAAGGGGAACAAUGGAGAAAAUGGGGAAGGUAAUAGUGGGUGGGAAGGUUCGUAGGGUGAGAGUAGGAGAGAGGCGAGGAAGGAACGGGAGAAAUGGUGUGGAGCGGAAAGGAAGGAGCUGAGGAGAAGGCGGCGAAAAUGUGUGGAGGGAGUAGAGAGAUAGAUAAGAGGAGGUGAGAGGGUGGAGUGUGAGUGGGGGGGAGGAUAAAGGAUGAGUGGGAAGGGGAGGGAAUGAAAGCGAGGAAAAUAGGAGAAGGAAGAUGAACAGAUGUUGGGACAGAAAAGGAAGGGGAAGAGUGAAAGGGAGGCGGAAAGAAGUAGAGAAGAGCGCGAGAAGGAGGGUAGCAAUGGAGGGAAGAGGGAAAGAGG